AUGAAAUUCUCAACUGUUGCCUUCUUAAUUGUUGCCCUUUUGGCCUCAAUCGCUUACUCUGCUCCAAUGCAAAGAUCUUAUUACGAUGAUUUUUAUGAAACCUGUAAAGAAUCUUCUUUUAAAAGACCCGUUGACGGAAUUAUUUAUAAUAUUAAUAGCACUCAAGUAGCAGAUUUCGUAAUGGCAAAAGGAUGUGUCGCUAAAUACGCGAAAGGUUCCGCAUUAACUGUCGAUAUUUUCAGCAUUGGAGUCGGAAAGUGUGUUGAUACCAUCGCUGAACAGGAAAUGUUCGAUCAUGAACCUACCGUCUAUAAUUACUUGAUCGAUAAAGUAUGGGCCAACAAUGACGCUAAAUACUUCCUUAUUGGAACUCUUUAUCACAAACAUUAUUCAAUCGAGUUCAAGUCUGGAGUUUUCACCGCAAUAGAUCCCAAGGAAAAGAGUGAAUAUUAUUAA